CCAACUUUGCAGUCAGAUAUCUGUUAUCUACAGGAAUGUGAUGUGAGCUGUUCGAGUGCCGUAGUGUUCAGUUGCCCUGCGGAGCUGCGGAGACUGCAGUUUGUCAACGGCUGGGAAUUGGUUGGAACAGAAAUGGCGUCGGCUGACGGUCACAGAGUUAUCAACUUGCUAGAGUGCCCGGCAUGUCACCAGACGAUGGUACCCCCAGUUUUCUUGUGUGAGUCGGGUCACAAUGUAUGUUCCAGAUGUAGGGGCCAGAGGCCGAACUGCCCAUAUUGCGACAGUCGCGUCACCGAAAACAGAAAUCGCCUGGCCGAAACUUUCGCCGAGAAGUUACCAUACUCCUGCGUGAACCAGAAUGUGGGUUGCAGACAGAAGUUCUUACUGCGUGACCUGGCAUUUCAUGAGGCAGCCUGCCCCCACCGUCUGUACUGUUGUGUUCCGUGCAGACCUCGCUGCAAGUGGAGGGGCCGUAAGUUCCAGAUUUUGGAACACAUGAAAGAUGAGCAUAAGGAACUGGUGUGGGUGAAGGCUUAUAACAGUCUUGUAUAUGAUAAUUUUGAUCAUAAGACAGACUACAUAUGUACCCACAUCUUAUCCGCUUAUAGAGAAAUGUUUUGGUGCCACUCCAAACGAGAUGCCAAGCAGGGGAAGCUGUUUGAGGUGAUCCAGUACAUAGGAAGAAAGGAGAAAGCUGCAGAAUUUGAAUAUGAAUUUGAAUUCUAUUCCAAAGGAAACAACAGAACAGCAAUCUUCAGGAAUAAAGUGCAUAGUGAAGAUGAUGUGGAAAACAUUUAUGAAUCUGGAGACUGCUUAGUAUUGGAUCUUAGCAUGCUAAAAUAUUUCGUUACUGAAAAGAAACAGCUAUUUUAUAAUUUUAAAGUGGAGAAGGUUUUGUAGACAGGAAUUUUAUGUUAAGAUUGCUUUAGUUUACCAUGACACUGUCCUCUGAAAGAGCAGAGAAUUUAGUUCUGGGCUUGUAUAAUAAAGAAAGACCAAUUCCUAAAUUACUUAAGCAGAUAUUUUACCUAGCAUUUCAAUGAGGAAAACAGAAAUAAUGUCAUGAGUCUCUACAAUUUCAUGGUGUGUGAGAUACAUAAUGGUUUGCAAUGGUGAAACUGAUGAACACUUAUAAUUAUAACAAAAUUACUUAUGAAUUAAAGUAGACAGUUCUGCUCAGAUAAUGAAAAAAACAAAACAUAAUAGUUCUAAUAUCUACUAGUACCUGUCUUUCUUAAUUACUUGUUGAUGUAUAGGACAACCAGUGUAUAAGAAGCAUUAUGAUUUUGAGGGGCAUUUCUAAAGGAAAAAAACUGCACUUUAUACAGCAGGAAAUAUGGUAAAUCAGGAAUAUUACUGUGCACAUCAUAAAUGCAUUCAUGCAAAACAAAUGCAUCAAAUUCCAUGUCAGUCUGCUGAAUGCAUAUGUCAUGGCUUUUAAUCAUGUCUGAUAUUGGCAUUUUAGUACUAUUAUUAUAAUCAUGAUGAUGAUCAGUAAUUGAUGGGUCCAAAAUUAUCUGUGCUCCAUAUUACACUCUACUUAAAGGUAGAAAUGGUCUUUAAAUAAAACAAUCUUUGAAAUAUACUGAUUGAUUCUCAACUGUACAGGCUGUGUAGUGUCAAACGCCGACUGUGAAUCAUGGAAUAAACAUAUGGAAGGAA